GGCAAUCAAACACAACGGCAACUGCAAACGUAGCCUAUGUACAAGGACAACAGAUCGCGCUAAUCAGACUUAAAGCGAGCGCGACGCUAAGGCCUGGGCGGGGCUUAGUGACAGAGGAGGAGAGUAAACAAAACCCAAACAGUUUAAUGACUUUAUACCCCCUUGUACGACAUCAGCAGAAGCAGGUCCUUCCCAUCCCCUGCCUGCUACAGAGGGGGUCCAGCUGAACAUCGGACUGAUCGCUCUGGCCUGCUUCUCCUACACCAGCGGAAGGAUCGGGGGCAGAAAGUUGUCUGUAGAUCACAAAGGGACCGUGUACUACGCUAUCCUGCCUACUCGAUCGAGGAAAGAGUCCCGGGCGGAGAACAGCUGCUGUUGAUGUUGAUAUCCCCCCGCACUCCUGAGCAUUCCUUGUUCUAUGGUGGUGGGACCCUGCCAGUGCCACAAUGAUGACUGAGAUCUCAUCAGCGGCUGCUUUUAUCACCAGAUUGCUGAAAACAACAGGAGCAAUCGAGGAGAGGCAGCUGCAGCACUUCUGCCAGGUCCUACAGGAGGCCAUGAAGGAUCAUUAUAAACACCACUGGUUUCCGCAAAACCCUUUCAAAGGAUCAGGGUACCGUUGCCUGAGAAUCAACCACAAAAUGGACCCCUUGAUAGGACAGGCGGCAGGUCACAUUGGGCUCAGCCAUCUGAGACUGUUCCAGCUUCUCCCCCGUGAGCUGACACUUUGGGUUGACCCUUUUGAAGUCUCCUAUCGCAUUGGUGAAGACGGGUCCAUCUGCGUAUUGUACGAAGGAGCGGCAGCAGGUGGCAAACCUCUAGAAAGCCAUGCCAGCUGCAAGGAUGCACUUAGAAUUGGCCAGAACAGCCCCUCCAAAAAUUACAACAUAAUGACAGUUUCUAGUUAAAAAGCUGAAAGAAUAAAUAAAUCAGGAAUUGUACAAGUAUCUAUGUGUCCCGGUUCUGCCUUGAUUUGCAUUAAUGUUUUAUCUUCAUUCCAUGUUAAAACUGUAAUACUGCCAAAAAAUGUACCUGUCUUGUUGCAGAAGGUGAAUGUAGAAUAUCAUCUGGGGCAAAAAAGCUCUUAUCAUUUCUGUUUUUUUUUUUUUUUUUCCAAUGACAUUUUCUUGCGCCGGUCUCUGAAAUUGUACAUUGUAAAAUGAAAUCAUGAGUCAAGAGAGAAUUUAUAUUUUGGAAUAACCAUUGGCUCUUUUUAAUAAAAAGAAAAACUAUUUUA